UAUUUUGAGGUCAGCAGGUAUGAGACAAUUGCUCUAGGAGAGACUUGAAGAUUGGAUUCUGCUGGGCUGGAGGUGAUGAAGCUAUUAAUCUAAUGGGCUGCUGCUGCAGAUGCCCGUGAGGUUAAAACCAUGCUCCUGCAACUCCCUCUGAUUGGUUGAUGCUGACAGAGAAGAAUCCAGAUGGGGUGCAAAUGCUGUAAAAUGAUUAAAAGCUACAUCCUUCAUCCCCAAGACGUGCAGACGACCGCCUACAUCAGUGAGAUCAAUAACUGCAAGACAGGUGACGAAGAAAGAGGCAAAUUUCAUUGCAAGCAGGACAGUGACGUUCUGGGCCGUAGAAAUGAACUUCCAAUUGUUGAGACGCAGCUAGGAGCAAACCAAGGCAGGUUCAACCACUCAAAAGAUCCCCUCUGGAGUUACAGAAUCCCUGCUCUUCCGGAGAAAGGACUUGGAAACUCGGUAGAAAAAUGCGGCGUGAAUGGGAUCCAUUCCUCCAAGAAUGUCAGCCCGGUCCCUCAUAAUAAAACCCAACCUAGAGAGAUUAACCUGCACAGUUCUUCUGGUCCGCUACUUGAUCCUCCGGGCAAAAGAGUCUUCCAGCCAAAAAUAGGUGACCAACUUGAGAUCUUGGAUCCUGAACCUCAACCAAAGCAGACUUUGGAAAGUUCAAAUGCCCUUUGUGAGGAGUCUCCUCAGACUGAUCCCGUUUUUUCCAUACAGUGUGCCCUCCCAGAGAUACGAGCCCAAGACGUUCAGUUGGAUAGUCCAUCUUUGCUCCUCAAAACCAACCCUGUGGAGAAAUCCAAGGCUGUUGGGCAGGAGAAGCUCUCAAAACACGUUGCGCAGAUCAACCAGAGCACGGAGAGCCUAGCUAUCAUCCAUAACUGGCAUCUGCCGUGUGGUGAGUCCGAUGAAGGGGACGGUGUCUGGAGGAGGAGUCCUUUCAGCAUCUCUUUCGAGGACAACAUAUCCAACAUAUCCGGAGGGAAGAAGGGAGAGUCCGCGUGGGAAGCUAGGUGUGAUGGCUUCCCCGAGGUAAAUGGAGAACUGGAGGAAGACGCGGAAGUCGCGGAGGCCCUGGCCGCCCUGGAGGCGGCUACGGCAGGUGAAGUUUUUGAAGAGGAGGGAGAAGAAGACUAUUAGGUGGCUGUCGAGGUAGUGAUAAUAUGUGUCUCUUUAAGAGUAAGGAGUUGCUGCACUUGAGAGAGCCAGUUGGGGGGUCUGGGCUCAGGAUGUUCAUAGCCGGUUAAAAGGAAUCGACGCAUAGACCGAGUAAGAUAUUUAAUGACAGUAAGAGACCGUUGGGUCCACUCUGCACUUUUCCCAGCACCACGUGACGAGUCCUCGUGAACAUCAUCCAUCUAAUGUUUAUGGAUCUUGAAGACCUUGGCUUCAUCCAGCCAGACCGAGCCCUUUUUCAUCGACCACGGUACGAGAGCGUAUCCUUCUGUAAGGAACCGUUCUCAAGACCUACGUUUUGAUGGCUUUUCAGGGUGCACGUAUCGUCCGAAGGGGCAGAGAGAAGACUCUUGAUGGAAGAGUAACAAAGAACGAACAGGGUU